CCCCUUUUCAGUAGCUGUACAAAAYCUAAGAGAACGGAAGGCAUCCGAAAGUUAGACGUCGAUGCUUCAUGAAAUGGCUGGGAAAAUAAAGAAGUUUUACGACCUUUCAGCUAAAUUGCUGUCUGGAGAUUUGCUACAUUUCUCCUCCCUAAAGGAUAAAGUUGUGCUUAUUGAAAAUGUGGCGUCACUCUGAGGAACAACAACCAGGGACUACACUCAGAUGAACGAGCUCCAUUCGCAGUAUUCCGAAAAGGGGCUCGUGGUUCUUGGGGUGCCCUGCAACCAGUUUGGCCAUCAGGAGAAUUGUAAGAAUGAUGAGAUCCUGAGGUCCCUGAAGUAUAUCCGUCCAGGAAAUGGCUUUGAGCCCAAAUUUCCACUUUUUGAGAAGAUGGAUGUGAAUGGGAAGGAUGCCCACCCCUUGUUUGUGUAUCUCAAGGAUAAAUUGCCAUUCCCCUCCGAUGACUCCAUGGCCCUCAUGAGCGACCCCAAGUUCAUCAUGUGGAGCCCUGUCUGCAGGAAUGACAUCUCCUGGAACUUUGAAAAGUUCCUGGUCAGUCCUGAUGGAGAUCCUUACAAGCGCUACAGCAGAAGGUUCCUGACCAGUGACAUUGAGGCAGAUAUUAAGGAGCUACUCAAUGUGAAAUAAAACGCCCAGGCAGAGCUCUCACAGGGGUACAGUGGUGGUGGUGAUAAGGAUGUAGAGGGGCCACAGGGACAACACAGAAUGUCUUCACCCUCCUGUUAAUCAGCAGUCACACAUUUUCUUCAUCACAAUCACAAUAUCCCUUCACCAGUACCAACGGCUUUUGCUAAUAGCAUCUGCCUCUGUAGAAAUACACCUGCUGCAUUUGUUUCAAUUGGCUUUGCUCUCCUGUGCAAGAUACUCUUGUUUUUUUUUUACUCUUUACUGAAUGAAGACAUUCCUUAAAACCUUUUUUUGUGAGGGGAGUUUCUGAUAAAGAUGUAAAGUCCUGAAUCUAACAGUAGUGUAUUACUCAUGUAUAGCAAAGACCAGUCAGUGGAAAAAUAAAUGUAAUAAAAACAUG